UGGCGUCGUUUUAAGGAAUCUAAAGGAAGGAAGAACUGAUCAAACUAGAGCAUUUUUAAAGCACUUUCGUCAACCAUUUAGUUUUUGUUGACAACUUGCAGUUAAAUUUUCAGAUUGCUUUCCCACAGGCAGUUUGAAACUGACCGGGUUGUAUCGUAUUCUGUGGGUCAUCUUGUUGGUUGUAACCGGUAACAAUAGGUAAAUCACUUGCUUUAAAAUCAUGGAAGGGGUGAAGAAAAUUUACAACAACAUUACGAAAUCUCCGCGUGACGAUCGCAUGUACCGAGGUGUAGAACUCUGUAACAACAUGAAAGUUCUUGUGAUCAGUGAUCCAUCAACUGAUAAAUCUGCGGCAGCUUUGGAUGUUCACAUUGGUAGUAUGAGUGAUCCAUCUGAACUGCCAGGACUUGCUCAUUUCUGUGAACACAUGCUGUUUUUGGGCACAAAGAAAUAUCCAUCGGAGAAUUCAUUUACUCAGUUUUUAAGUGAGAAUGGUGGAUCCUCUAAUGCUUUCACUAGUGCAGAACACACAAAUUUUUUCUUUGACAUUAAACACGAAUGUCUACAGGAAGCCUUGGAUCGGUUUGCACAGUUUUUUCUAUGCCCACUGUUUAAUUCAGAUGCAACAGAAAGAGAAGUCAAUGCUGUUGACUCAGAACACUGUAAGAAUGUCUUAAGUGAUUCUUGGAGACUAAACCAGUUGGACAAGUCUUCAGUCAGUCCAUCCCAUCCUUACAGUAAAUUUGGAUCAGGUAACAAAGUUACUCUUGAUGUCAAACCAAAAGAGAACGGACUUUGUGUGCGUGAUGAGUUACUGAAAUUUCACAGUUCAUAUUACUCAGCUAAUAUCAUGGCAUUGACCAUUCUAGGCAAAGAUUCUCUUGACGACCUGACAAACCUGGUUAUAAAGCUCUUUUCAGACACAGAAGAUAAAAACGUAUCAAUUCCAGAGUUUCAUGAUCAUCCUUAUGAUGAUGAGCAAGUACAGGUAGAAUUGAAAGUGGUGCCUAUCAAAGACAUAAAGCAGUUAAAUAUUUCCUUUCCAAUCCCUGAUGUUAACCAGUACUAUGAGAGCAAGCCUUGUCAUUACAUAUCUCACCUCCUUGGUCAUGAAGGUAAAGGAAGUUUGCUUUCAGAACUCAAAACCAAAGGCUGGGUGAAUGAACUUGUUGCUGGAGGAGCAAGUGGAGCUAGGGGUUUUAUGUUCUUUAUUUGUAACAUGGAACUCACAUCUGAGGGACAAGACCAUGUGUAUGAAAUAGUGGCAUGUGUAUUUCAAUACUUGGAAAUGCUCAGAAGGCAAGAACCUCCAGACUGGAUAUUUAAAGAGUGCCAGGCCCUUUGUGAAGUUAGAUUUCAAUUUAAGGACAAGGAGAAUCCUGGAUCCUAUGUGUGUUCAUUGGCCCGCUGUUUACAUGAGUUUGGAAUAGAUGAUGUCCUACAAGGACAAUUUGUAAUGAAGUAUUUUAAACCUGAAUUGAUUAAAAUGAUUCUUUCCCAUCUUGUGCCAUCAAAAGUGAGAAUAACCCUGAUUUCAAAACUUUUUGAAGGCAAAACAGAUCUUGUAGAAAAAUGGUAUGAAACAGAAUACUCUAAAAGCAAAAUCUCUCCAGAGUACAUGAAGGAGUGGAACAAUGUGUUAUUAAACCCUUCUCUGCAACUACCUGAGGAAAAUGAGUUUAUCCCCGCAGAUUUUACAUUAAGGGAAAGGCCUCAAGAUUCUUCAUCCAUUCCCAUACUCAUUAAGGAUGAUUCUUUGUUGAAAGUUUGGUUUAAACAAGACGACACAUUCCACCUCCCCAAGUCGUGUCUUCUGUUUGAAAUAACAAGUCCUUUGGCGUAUGUGGAUCCGUGCCACUGUAACAUGGCGCACUUGUUUGUAGAGCUGCUGAAGGACUCAUUAAAUGAGUAUGCCUACGCUGCCGAGAUUGCGGGAGUGCAUUACAAACUGGAAAACACCAUGUAUGGAAUCUUUUUAAGUAUCAAAGGAUAUAACCACAAACAGCCUGUUUUAUUGAAGAAGAUUUUCGAAAGAAUGGCAAACUUCCAAGUAGACCCUAAGAGGUUUCCACUCAUCAAAGAAAGGUGUGAGAUUGCACUGAAGAACUUUGUUGCUGAACCUCCUCAUCAACAUGCUUUGUACUACACGUCAUUUUUGUUAGAAGAACUAGCGUGGCAUAAAGAUGACCUGUUAGAAGCAUUAGAGGAGGUAACACUGGAGAAGCUGAAAGCUUUCAUCCCUGAUUUGUUAGGGAGACUUCAUAUCGAGUGUUUGUUUCAUGGGAACUUGACCAAAGAAUGUGACCUGCAAGCCACCAAAAGUAAUGUACUUCUGGAGUUGUUCUGUCAGGUCAUCAGUGAACCAUGUUUUAACACUCUUAGAACUCAAGAGCAGUUAGGGUACAUUGUCUUUAGUGGAGUAAGAAGAUGUAACGGUGCUCAGGGUCUCCGUGUCUUGAUACAAUCUGAAAAAGAACCUUCUUUACUAGAUUCACGAGUUGAAAACUUCCUUCAAGGAAUCGAGGAUUACAUCAAAACAAUGUCGGAAGAGGAAUUAAAAAACCAUAUUGAGGCACUUGCAGUGAAAAGGAUGGACAAACCCAAGAAAUUAUCUUCGGAAUGUAUGAAACACUGGAAAGAAAUCCUCUCUCGACAAUACAACUUUGACAGGGAUAACAUUGAGGUGGGAUUUCUAAUGACUGUCACCAAAGAAGAUGUUCUGGCAUUUUAUCGGGAUCUUCUUGCUUUUAAAGCACCUAGACGGCACAAGUUGGCCGUCCAUAUUCUAUCUAAGUCAAAGACCAAGAAUGCGGAUAACGAGUCUAAAAACGAAUACGAUGAAAAUGAGAAAACCGAAGAUGCUGAUGCUCUUCCUGCGCAGACCGUUAUUGAUGACAUCACUGCAUUUAAGAGUAGUCUUCCAUUAUUUCCACUUGUGCCACCAUACCACAGUCAACCUACGAAAUCCAAGCUGUAGACCAGAGAAUCAAUCUCAGUACUUUCGCUUUCCUUCCUUUGCCUUCCAUUUCUCUGUGGUCGUCUUUCGCUAGAGUUCGAAAACUGUUCUUUUUGCGUUAAUUUGCUACCUACAAUGUUUCUUGAUGUGGCGAAUGAGCAUUUUGACCAGCAUCUAAUUUCUCUUCACAUUGCCACUGCUGAAUCUUUCAUUAAGAUCGUGAGAUUAAAGGAAAUGAUCGCCAA